CUGAUUACUGGGUCUGUUGUAGCCGUCCUGGCCCCCUGCCCCCCACCUCGCCCCGGACUGCGGGGACGCCAACACUGCUACGACUGGCGGACACGUAUGUUCCGCAAUGACAGUAUCAUAUUGUCGAAUCUAAAAACAAAACACCAUCUAACAAUAUUUUCUCAGGAAUAUCAUUGUCACUGUCCCUUUGUUACUUGUUUGUUAUUAAAAUGUUAUCGGCAAAGAUGUCAACACAUCAUCACGUAUAGACUCCAGUUGACCAAUAGAACAUUAACCGGCAGGUCAAGAAGAGAACAAGGUAUGACUGCAACGCACGGUGGUGGUAGUGAAGACCACCGGCCGGACAGGGAUUCCGUGUACACGGUUAAGACCGGCUUCAAAAAUGAAGGCUACCAGCAUGACCGCGACACAAACGAUGAUAUUGUCAAACCUCCCCCACUUCCCACCGAAGACGACUCCUACGCCUCGGGCAAAGUUAAACUGUCAAGGAACGAAAAAUGGAGAAUAUUAAAAAAUGUAGCUGCUGUCAGCUGUGCGUUUAUGGUACAGUUUACGGCUUUUCAAGGAACUGCAAAUCUUCAGUCGUCUAUAAACGCAGCCGACGGCCUUGGCACAGUCUCCUUAAGUUCUAUAUAUGCUGCACUCGUAGUCUCUUGUAUAUUUGUACCAACGUUUCUCAUCAAGAGGUUGACAGUAAAAUGGACACUAUGCGUUUCCAUGCUUUGUUACGCGCCGUAUAUUGCGGCACAGUUUAUCCCUGCGUUCUAUACACUUGUGCCUUCCGGAGUGAUUCUUGGCUUAGGAGCAGCGCCUAUGUGGACGUCCAAAGCUACUUAUCUCACUCAAGCUGGAAGUGUUUACGCUAAGCUAACAGAUCAAGCUGUUGAGGGCAUCAUUGUAAGAUUUUUUGGAUUCUUCUUCUUGGCGUGGCAAACGGCAGAAUUAUGGGGAAAUCUCAUCUCCAGUAUGGUGUUUUCAUCCGGAGUGCACAGUGGAAGCGCAGCUAACGAAAGCUCCAGCAGCACACUGCUAUCAUGUGGAGCGAACUUUUGUAUGAUCGGUGGUGGCCACCACGAUAACACCAACUUGCAUCGGCCGCCGGAUGGUGAGAUAUACGAGAUCAGCGCCAUUUACCUCGCCUGCGUUGUGGUUGCUGUCUUGAUGGUUGCUCUGCUGGUGGAUCCUCUCUCAAGGUAUGGUGAGAAACAGAGGACCACCGAUCCGUCCAAAGAACUCACCGGCAUCCAACUUUUGUCCGCAACCGCCUACCAACUUAAAAAGCCCAACCAACAGCUUUUGAUUCCCAUUACGCUGUGGAUUGGCAUGGAACAGGCCUUCAUCGGCGCUGAUUACACCCAGGCUUAUGUAUCCUGCGCUCUUGGCAUCCGAUCCAUCGGAUACGUGAUGAUAUGCUUCGGGGUGGUCAACGCUUUGUGUUCUCUGCUCUUCGGGUCAGCCAUGAAGUAUAUUGGAAGAUUCCCCAUACUGGUGAUGGGGGCAGCCCUUCACCUUGGCCUUAUAGUAUGGCUGCUUAUAUGGAGACCGAGCGCUGAUAAACCCAUGACUUUCUUCGUGAUCUCUGGCCUUUGGGGCGUUGGGGAUGCUGUGUGGCAAACGCAAGUUAACGGUUUAUAUGGUGUUCUUUUCCGACGAAACAAGGAAGCUGCUUUCUCAAAUUAUCGACUUUGGGAGAGCGCUGGUUUUGUUGUGGCAUACGCUUAUUCAACUCACCUUUGCGCAAGGAUGAAGUUAUACGUCAUGAUGGUAGUACUGCUCAUCGGAGUUGGUGGAUACGUCAUUGUGGAAAUAUUACAUAUCAGAAAGACCCGUCGUCUUAAGGCAAUCGCUGAAAAUCCAAACGCUGCCGCCGAAGCCGCCAAGCAGCCUCCGGAAGAAGAUGACGAGAAGGACGAAAUCGACGAUGAAAUCAUCAUCACUCAUCUCUAA